AUUAUUCAAAAGAGGCGCAUGGCUUCAUAACGUACCAGUGGACCCGCCGCCUACUCUUCAACUGAACCACUCCGUCUCUGUUCCAACUUCUCUUCUUUUCACCCGCCGGCGGACGCAUCUCUCUCUCUCUCUCUCUCUCUCUCUCUCUCUCUCUCUGUGUAGGAGAAUAGGAGAAAAGAAAACCAUUAACAUGGGCGAUCGAGCCUCAGGAGAAGAUCAGAGAGUUCCAAAGCUACCAAUUCCGGGAAAGAGAAACAUACUCAUCACCAGCGCUCUGCCUUACGUCAACAACGUCCCUCAUCUCGGAAACAUCAUCGGCUCUGUUUUAAGUGCGGACGUAUUUGCCCGGUAUUGUCGCCUCCAUGGCUACAAUGUCUUGUACAUAUGUGGGACUGAUGAGUACGGUACAGCAACAGAGACAAAAGCCAUGGAGGAGAAAUGCACUCCUCAGCAGAUUUGUGACAAAUACCAUGCAAUACAUAAAGAGGUCUAUGAUUGGUUCAACAUCAGUUUUGAUGAAUUUGGACGAACAUCGACUCCCCAGCAAACUGAAGUUUGCCAAGCGAUUUUCAUGAAGUUGCUAGAAAAUAAGUGGCUAUCUGAAAACACGAUGCAACAGCUAUAUUGUGAUGCUUGUGAGCGUUUCUUAGCUGAUCGGCUUCUGGAGGGAACCUGCCCUACAGUAGACUGUAACUAUAACUCUGCACGUGGGGACCAAUGUGAAAAAUGUGGGAAGUUGUUGAAUCCAACUGAACUGAGAGAUCCUAGAUGCAAGCUAUGUCAAGCAACUCCACGGAUACGUGAUACAAAACACUUGUUUCUAGAGCUCCCAUUGCUCAAGGAUAAGUUGGAAGAGUAUAUCAACGAAAUGUCAGUUGUAGGAUCUUGGAGUCAGAAUGCCAUUCAAGCAACAUAUGCAUGGCUUAGAGAAGGACUGAAAGCCCGCUGUAUAACGAGAGAUCUUAAAUGGGGUGUUCCUGUUCCACAUGAAAAGUUUAAGGAUAAGGUUUUCUAUGUUUGGUAUGAUGCGCCGAUUGGAUAUGUAUCUAUUACUUCAUGCCAUACCCCUGAGUGGGAGAAAUGGUGGAAGAACCCUGAAAAUGUGGAGCUAUAUCAGUUCAUGGGCAAGGAUAAUGUUCCAUUCCACACUGUCAUGUUUCCUUCUACACUUCUGGGCACUGGAGAAAAUUGGACAUUGAUGAAGAGCAUUAGCGCGACGGAGUAUUUGAAUUAUGAAACAGGAAAAUUCUCCAAGAGUAAAGGGAUAGGAGUUUUUGGCAAUGACGCAAAGGAUACAAAUAUUCCAGCCGAAGUGUGGAGAUAUUACUUGCUAACCAACAGGCCUGAGGUAUCAGACACGUUGUUUACUUGGGUGGACUUGCAAGCGAAAUUAAAUACCGAGCUGCUGAAUAAUUUGGGCAAUUUUAUAAAUCGAGUCCUGAGUUUCAUUGCUAAACCUCCAGGACUAGGUUAUGGAUCUGUCAUUCCUGAUACCCCUGGAGCAGAAACACAUAUCCUUACAAAGACAUUGUCCGAGAAAGUCAGUACAUAUGUGCAGCAAUAUGUAGAGGCUAUGGAGAAGGUUAAACUAAAGCAAGGACUGAAAAUAGCGAUGAGCAUCUCUAGCGAGGGGAACACAUAUCUACAAGACAGUAAAUUCUGGAAGCUUUACAAGGAAGAUAAAGCUUCCUGCUCUAUAGUGAUUAGAACUGCAGCCGGGCUAGUUUCUCUACUCACACGUUUGUUGGAACCUUUCAUGCCAUCAUUUUCGCUUGAGGUGCUAAAGCAGCUUAAUUUGCCUCCGGAAGCACAAGUUUCCCUCUGUGAUGAAAAUGGAGAUUAUGAGAAGGCAACGAAACCUUGGGAGAUGUUACCUGUUGGUCACACCAUCGGUACCCCUUACCCUCUAUUCAAAGAAUUGAAAGACGAAGAUGUCAACUUUUUCAGGGAGAAAUUUGCUGGAAGUCAAGCCGAUAGGAGGAGGUCAUGAGGUUUAAUGCGAUGGAAGUGGUGAUUGUUUCAGAAUUCAGAUUAAUCACAAACAAAGAAGCUAAGGAAGGAAAGUAGUGCGAAGCUAGCUGACAUUCUUACAGCAUACUACUAGGAUGUGUAAUAAUUAAGGAAGGAAAAUGGUAAACAAAACAAGAAUGACAUUGAGUCUAAGCACUAUGUAGUUUUACUUUGACAUGGAAAAAAAUUAGUUUGAGCAUCUGUAAUGAAAUCGUUAAGUAUAAAAUGAACUCACUUCCCUUUUAGUCCAAUGUAAUGGCCAAAAUAUGAGGAGGGGAGAGAGAGGGGUUUUGUUUCUUUUUAUUUUUUAUUUUUUAAAAAUAUUCUUCUUGUUAAAUGCAAUGAAGAGUACAGUAUAAACUGUUUGGGAUAAAUUAGAAUAAGCUGUUUUCUUAUUGUUA